CCUGACUCCCUCUUGAGCAAACAGAUAGCAAGGUCUCUUGGACUUUCUCACUUGCUGGACAAAGAGUUUGUGAUCCCACUGGCUUCUUUGUCUCCAGAAUAAUCUCUGAAGACCACUGGUUUUAUACUGGGCAAAAGAUCUCCCUUUGGUUUUGCGGCUGCCCCAGGAACAUGGAAAAAGGAGCAGAUCUGAAGUAUAUGUCAGGAUUUGGUAAUGAGCAUAGCUCUGAAGACCCCCGCUGUCCUGGAGCCUUGCCAGAAGGACAGAAUAACCCUCAGGUAUGUCCUUAUGGGCUGUAUGCUGAACAGAUUUCGGGCUCAGCAUUCACUUGCCCACGAUCUACCAACAGAAGAAGCUGGAUGUACAGAAUUCUGCCAUCUGUUUGCCAUAAGCCUUUUCAACCUAUGGAUCAAGGUCAUCUGACACAUAACUGGGAUGAAGGAGAACCUGAGCCUAAUCAGCUGAGGUGGAAACCUUUUGAGAUCCCAGUAACAACCCAGAGAAAAGUGGACUUUGUAACUGGAUUGCACACUUUGUGUGGUGCCGGUGAGCCCAGGUCUCGGAAUGGACUUGCAAUCCAUGUCUUUACCUGUAAUACCUCCAUGUCGAACAGCUGUUUUUACAAUUCUGAUGGAGACUUUUUGAUUGUGCCACAGCAAGGAGAAUUGUUUAUCACUACAGAGUUUGGAAGGUUGUUGGUGGAGCCCAAUGAAAUCUGUGUCAUUCAGCAAGGGAUGCGUUUUAGUGUAGAAGUAUCUGGAGAGACACGGGGCUACGUCUUGGAAGUAUAUGGUGUACAUUUUGAGCUGCCUGACUUGGGACCUAUUGGAGCCAAUGGCUUGGCUAACCCACGCGAUUUCCUUGUGCCAGUGGCCUGGUAUGAAGAUUGCCAAGUAGCUGGAGGUUAUACCAUUGUCAACAAGUACCUGGGGAAACUCUUUGCAGCACAGCAGAGCUGCUCUCCAUUCAAUGUUGUAGCCUGGCAUGGAAACUACACACCAUACAAGUACAACCUCAGCAAUUUUAUGGUUAUAAAUUCUGUGGCUUUUGACCAUGCGGAUCCCUCUAUUUUCACUGUCUUGACUGCAAAGUCAACUCGUCCUGGAGUGGCAGUUGCUGAUUUUGUUAUAUUUCCACCUCGCUGGGGAGUGGCCACCAAUACUUUCCGUCCACCUUAUUACCACAGAAACUGCAUGAGUGAGUUUAUGGGCUUAAUCAAAGGAACAUAUGAGGCGAAGGAACAAGGAUUUCUACCUGGAGGGGGCACUCUGCAUAGUAUGAUGACACCCCAUGGGCCAGAUGCUGUCUGUUUUGAGAAAGCAAGUACAAGCAAGCUACAGCCCGAGAGAGUUGCAGAGGGAACUAUGGCCUUCAUGUUUGAGACUUCUUUUAACUUGGCUGUCACCAACUGGGCUUUGAAAAACAGCCUGGACAAGAACUACUACAAGUGCUGGGAAUCCCUGAAGAGCCAUUUUAAUGCAAAACAGAAGUGAAGAGUCUAGUUAUGUGUAUGCUCAGAUUUUUGCUCCCAGUCCAACUAAGAAUAUCAAGGGAGCUGACCUUGAUCAGUAUUACAUGCAAAUACUUAUGAGCAGCUGAAAGGAUGAGUGACUAGUAACUGACUGAAUAAAGAAAACCACGUCUUACUUACCCAAAGAA